AUGGACUACCCACGAUAUCAUAAUUACAGCCGGUCACAGGAUUACGAAUAUUACGACCACAACCCAUGGCAAGAUAGUGACGAUAAGAAGCAGAUUGAACGUCGCUACACAUACACGCAGGACAGUGAACCUGAACCACCAAGGGCAGCCAGGCAAGGUGGAAGAAGGUCAGAAACGAUGUCUAGCUGGAUACAGCGCCAGGCAGGCUCGCAUGGCGUGCAGCUGGCGGGUGCAGCGGUGUUGUCUGGGGUUGCAGUAGCCAGUGCGAUUCUUGGUUACCAGAGUGUGAAGCGCCAGGCAGCUGUUGAAAAGCUCAAGGCCUCGAUACCGGCCUUGGAUGAGAGUUCUGCUGAGGAGACUAUGAAGCUUACAGAGUAUGGUAUAGUGACACCACCGAUAAGCGAGGAGGAUCGAAGGAGUGCUUUACUGGCUAAGAGAGCUCAGCAGGGAGACUAUGAUGAUGAUCUCAUACUCGAACAGCUUGCUCGAAACCGUGUAUUCCUUAACGACGAAGGCUUAGCAAAGCUCCGAUCCUCCUUUAUAAUAGUUGUUGGCUGUGGGGGAGUUGGCUCCCAUGCGGCUGCGGCCCUUGCUCGAUCGGGCGUUGGAAGAAUUCGGCUUAUAGACUUCGACCAAGUUACCCUCUCAUCACUGAAUCGACAUGCGCUCGCGACAUUAGCGGACGUCGGAACAUCAAAGGUUAAAUGCAUCGAAAAGAGGCUGCAACAAGUUACCCCCUGGGUGCGCUUUGACUGCCGAAACCAACUAUAUAGCGAGGCAGCGGCCGACCAACUUCUGACCCCAUGGUCCAUGGCGAAUGAUACGGUUACCCGCAAGCCGGAUUAUGUCCUGGACUGUAUCGACAAUAUAUCAUCCAAGGUCUCGCUGCUUCACUACUGCCACUCACGCGGUAUCAAGGUGAUUUCGUCUAUGGGUGCGGGGUGCAAAUCUGACCCAACCCGUGUUGCCAUAGGGGAUAUCUCACUCAGCCUGGAAGAUCCUCUAUCGAGGAGCACACGACGCCGUUUGAAAAUGCUAGGAGUUUCAAGCGGUAUACCUGUCGUUUUUUCACUUGAGAAGCCAGGCCCAGGAAAAGCCGAGCUCCUACCUUUGGCCGAAGAGGAGAUUAACAAGGGUGAUGUCUCUGACCUGGGAGUGCUACCGGAUUUCAGAGUCCGUAUACUUCCAGUUCUAGGCACCAUGCCUGCUGUUUUCGGCUAUACCAUUUCAAACCACGUCAUAUGCGAGGUGUCCGGGUAUCCUAACGAAUACAACCCGGCGGGUAAAAACAGAGAUAAAUUUUACGACAGCAUUUUGGGAGGCUUACAGGGAACAGAAGCUCGUCUUGCAAAGACUAUAGAAGGCCAAGACCCGGUUGGACUGAGAGUCCCGAUCAGCAAAGAGGAUGUUGGAUACCUUAUUGAAGAGGUAUGGAGAAGCAAGAGUGUCGUCAGUGGCCUUACCACUCGACUUGUACUGGUAAGAUGGGAACGGCCUGCCCACGGCUUUGGGGCAGACCCGGAACUGCUCAAGCAGGGCCAGAAGGGGACACGUUUACAGCUCAGCGAGCUAGUGUGUAUGACCAAGGAGGAAGCACUGCACCACGAGAAGGAGGUGCUUAGUGGAGGCAAGCAACAUUCCGAGGUCUACGAUAAUACGAUUAUACAAAAAGUCAGAGAGCGUAUGGCGGAAGAGCGUUUCUUCCAGAGAUAUAGAUGA